UUAGGAUUUUAGUUAGAUUGUUUAGGAAAAUAGGAUUUUGAAACCUUGUAAAUACCCUAAUGCCCUUUAAUUAUUGAUUAAGUAGAUUUAUAAUAUAUUAUUAAGAUUUUCGUAAUUAAUUUAAUAAACUAAAAAAGUAAAAUUGGAAAAGUAAAAAAAAAAAGAAUAAAAAAGUUAAAAAGUAAAAUAAAAUUGGAAAAUCCCUAAUCUCUCUUUUCACGAUCUUCUUUCUCCUUCUCCUUCUCCGCCGUAAGCUUUUCUCCCCUUUCCAUGGCGAUCUAGAAAUCGACAGAGAGAAGCCUUGUUCGUCGUCGGAGAUUCAUCUAGAAGUCUCUACUCUCAUUUCGUCAUCUUCCUCUUACGAUCUCAUAGCCUUCUCGUCGUCGUUGAGCUUUCUCUCUGUUCUUCCUCUCCGUCGGAUGGGUGAAAUCUAAGGCUUCUUUCAUUAAUACCGACGAGACAGUCACAUCUCUUCACACAAGGUAAUCAAUUUCUUCUAUAUUCUCUCAUCUAACACGAAAUCGAUGUGUUGUUCCAUUUAACCUAGUUUUUGUGUAAACCGAUUUAUAAUGUUUCUUAAGGCAAAUUUGUUUUGUGGGUUGGUUAAUCAUCUUACAAACCACGAUUAAGUACACAUCAUGUAGAUAAUUUUGUUUUGCUUUUUUUGUUAUCGUUUAAGGUUAUAGAAAGGGAGAACAUUUGGUCCGAUUGAAACAAUGGUGUCCGAUUGGAUGUGAAGUAGUUGAAAAAUUGGUCUUCAAAUGUAGAGUAGUUGUUCCUUCUAUUGUGUUUGCAUUCUUAGUUAGUUCUUGUCCGAUUGAAACAAUGGUUGUAGAAUAUGUUCUUCCUUUGUUUAUGCUCUCAUAGCCCACAAUUUUCUCUUUCAAUCUAGACAUGCUUGUUGUUAAUAUUCAAGAUCGAUUUUUCUCUUAUUAAAUUGUUGGUUCUUUUAAAAUUUUAAACUAUUGGAAUACAUAUUCUAGGAUCGGGACAAUAUGAAAGUAAAGAUAGCUUUAGUUUGUGUCAUUAUUUUUUGAAUGGUAUUGAUAUUUAACAAAUUGAACUAACGAUGAUCUCAUGGCUUGUAGAUAUGUCGGGGGAGUUACCAAAGAGGCUUUUAAGGAGGGCGAGGAGCCUCAGGUGUCUCAAAUCAAUAACAACUGCAGGAUCGACUACAUAAUUAAGAAGUUCAAAGCGUGGAUGCCAAAGGAGCUGGAUGUUGUGAAGAAAGAUCCGGUGUUUGCUCAGAUUUUUAAGCUUCAUGAAAACGGUCUCGGGUACUCGGCGAGAGUGGUACACAGCUUCUUGUGCAGGGAGCUGGUGACUUACAAGCUUCACGAGCUUUGGUUUGUCUUCGCGAGGAGACCAAAGGAUAGUAUGCGCAGAGAGCUGGUGACUUACAAGCUUCACGAGCUUUGGUGACUUACAAGCUUCACGACCUUUACAAAUAGGUCCUUUGUGUUUCAAUAUGACUGUCGCACAAAGGAUAGUAUGCGCAGGAAAAUGGCUUGGAAACGAGGAAUGGAUGGCUUUAUGUUUAUAUGGCGAGUCAAGACAACGUUGAAGCGUUGGGCGCCAAAAAGUCCUAUAAACUGCUGGAAUUCCUUCUAUCAUACGGGAGAGGAGAGAUUCCAUCUCAUGGGCGGACUAAUGAAGUUUGGGGCGUCGAUGUUGAUCGUCUCUACUGUCCUCUGUUUGUAAAUGGUAACCACUGGAUUGUUGUCUACGUCGACAUCAUUGAAAGAAAAAUGUUCGCCUUUGAUUGCGGUGGGAAUAGGAAUAGGCAAUACGUUGAGAAGUUUGCUGCUAUGAUUCCUAGGAUAGUGAAGGCCGUUGCACCACCUGGAUCGAGGAAGCUACACCUGUCACCAUACACUAUCGUCGAUGUGCCUGUGCAAAAGAGAUUGAACAAGUCUUGUUGUGAUUGCGGUGCGUACGCACUCAAAUACUUGGAAUGCCAUCUGCUUGGUUUCGACAUCAACUUAGUGAAUGACAAAAUAAUUCAAGGUUGCAGACAGAAGAUUGGCGUGGAAUUAUGGGAGGCUACACACAAUCUUGUUUAUGCUGAGGUUAUGAAAACCUAUGUGCCUUCACCAUGGGAGAGGUCUCAGGUCUUCGAUCUGGAAGAAGAAUAAUAGUGUCUAACUAGUGCUUUGUUUUUUUUUUUGAAUUAUGAGGCAAAACUAUAGGUUUUUAUGCUUUUAUGAAACAUUUGAUAACUCUAACUUUGCUUUUCUAUGAAGUAUUUUUUUUUGGAAAAAUAUGGUAGCCCUUAAAAUACCCUAAACAAACCCCUAAAGUUAUUUGGAAACCAUUACCCUAAACAUACCCUAAAUUUAGUAACCCUUAUAAUACCCUAAACAUAUCCUAAAGUUAUUUGGAAACAAUUACCCUAAACAUACCCUAAAUUUAGUAACCCUUAUAAUACCCUAAACAUACCCUAAAGUUAUUUGGAAACCAUUAUCCCUAAACAUACCCUAAAUUUAGUAACCCUUAUAAUACCCUAAACAUACCCUAAAGUUAUUUGGAAACCAUUAUCCCUAAACAGACCCUUAAGUGUUUUGAAAACAUUACCCCUAAACACCAAACAAAAGCCAAAAUAAAACCUAAACAUACCCUGAUCUAUUCACUUAUUAUGUAGAUUGAUCACUUAAAUAAUUAAUUAUAUAAAAUUAUCAAUAAUUUUCGAAAAUUAUCUCCUUCUUUGAUCCAUGUUUUAACACUUGUUUAGAGGAUUCAAAGUUAAACUACAAACGAUCUGGAAGUGUGAUAUACUCGAAAAUUUUGUUUUUUCUAAUAUACCUUAGGUAUAGUACACGUUAUAGGUGUAUGAAACGGCGCCAUUUUGUCUAAUUUUUUGACCUACUCUCUUUUCUUCCUCAUUCUUAUUCGACAGAGAAAUAUACAGCGGCGACAAAUAUGGAGAACGACUCCACUGGUCGCUGCAACUACACAUCCAUUCACCAGAUUUAACAUAGAUUAGAACCAUGUUGUAAUGAUAGAGAGAAGAGAGAAGAGAAUGGAAUAGGGAGGAAGAAGAAUAGAAUAUGGGAUAGUCGAUGAAGAGAUCGUGGGAGGAGGAGAAUAUCGUGGAGAAAAUAUUCUCCAAGAUAUUUGGGGAUAAAUUUAGAAAACAUCUAUAACCGAAUAUGGAAGUUUCCAUAUUUUUCGGAUUUGCCUAGAAAACAUAUCAUACCUAAGCCUUAACACUGUACAGUAUGUGGGAGACCUAUUCUAUCUAAGACGUCACAUAAGUUAAAAGGUACAUGAUCUUAAUUUCACAAAAAGUACGUAAGGUAUAUCAUAGAGUUGUGGUUAUUUAUUGUUAUAUAACCUUAGGUAUAGUGAAGAGAUCUUGCUAGAUUGAAACGUCACAAAAUGUACCUAAGAUAUAUAUGACAAGGAAACCUACAUAACGUUUUAUACCAAGGAUAUAUCGAUGUAUAAAACUUAUAUUUCGAUUUCUAGGUAAAAUAGAUCACCAGAAUGUGUAUUCUAACCUGGGUUAGAAAGUAAAAUAAAAUAUGAUUCCAAUUUUUUUUUUAAAAACUUUAAAUAUAUAAAUUGUCAUACUUAUGUUUCCAAUAGUUUUCAUAUUUUUGUAUAUUUUUUUAUUUAAGUUUACUAUUUUUCUCAUCAACCAAGGGUAAAAUAAGUCCAAAAUUGCCAAAAGUAUGAAAAGUCUUAAAGUGACAAACAAAAAAAUAAUAUGUCUCUUUUUUCCAAUUCU